ACCCCUGCCAAGCACCACUUCAUUUCUCCCCGGCCGGUUAAAUGCUACAGCAAGCAGUAAUGUUGAUCCAACCAAGUCAUCCGAGUCGAAUGCGACGGUUUGGGGCCCCUCCUAAUUCAAGACACAGCAGCAGGUAGCCAGGUAGUAGCUGAUCAAGCGAGGCCACGCAGGCGGCAGGCCAUCCAACAACCCUCACGGCUCUCGAGUUCCUGGUGUCUACAGUCCACUGCUCCAACACGUCCAUUGACAUGUGACCAGAAGGCCCGACCACGAGCUCACGACGCACGCACCAACCACCUACCGCACGCUCGCGUCGCGAUCCAACAACCCGCCGCCUCCCCAGACCCCAGCCAUGGCGUCGGCCGCCGCCGCCCCCGACGUGCGCGUGGUCGGCGGGUGGGCGAGCCCGUUCGUGAUGCGCGUGUGCGUCGCGCUCAGGCUCAAGGGCGUCGCCUGCGAGUUCCUGCAGGAGGAGCUGGGCAAGAAGAGCGGCCUGCUGCUCGCGUCAAACCCCGUGCACAAGAAGAUGCCCGUGCUCCUUCACGGCGGCCGCCCCGUCUGCGAGUCCCUCGUCAUCGUGCAGUACGUUGACGAGGCCUUCGCCGGCGCCGGGCCGCGGAUCCUCCCCGCCGACCCCUACGACCGCGCCGUCCACCGCUUCUGGGCCGAGUACGCCGACGCCAAGCUCCCGACGGCGCUCCGGACGUUGAGGGGCAUGAUCGACGGCGAUAAGGCCGAGGCGGCGGAGCUGGUGGCCUCGGCGCUCGGGCAGCUCGAGGAGGCCUUCGCGGGGUGCAGCAAGGGGCGGCGCUUCUUUGCCGGCGAUGACGUCGGGUUCUUGGACAUCGUCCUCGGGUCGUACGUCGGGUGGUUCCGGGCGGCGGAGCAGAUCACCGGGCAGCCGGUCCUCGACGAGUCCAGGACGCCCCGGCUGGCGGCGUGGGCAACGCGGUUCUGCGCCCACGAGGCCGUCAGCGACGUGAUGCCCGACGCCGGCAGCCUCGUCGAGUUCGGUGAGGCGCUCCGCGCGGCGCUAGCGGCCAGUGCUUCACGGCCGUAACGGCGGCGAUGCAGCGAGGUCUCGGCCGGGAACGUCUUGCUGUGUCUUGCCAAUUGACAUCUCUGAAUAAGUUCAUCAGCGUGCUCUGACCAUUGAGCUUGUUGUUGGCAGCGGCUAGAGACUAAUGGCGCAAUUUGGCACUAAAUUUAGAAAUUUUUUGGAUGG